GCUCGGAAUGCGGUCGGAACGCAUGGCGGAAGAAAUGGAGAAGGUCAAAACGAACGGUGCUCCCACUUCCGGAAAUACCCCCAAGGACUGCAAGCCUUCGCAUGACUUCUUCCAAAAUGCCUUCCAAUGAAACUUUCUCCAACGGCACCAAUAGCACAGCUUCCAUUCAAUAUGCAUUCCCGCCAGGCAUCCACGUUCCGUCUUUGACAUUCUUCAAGAACGAUGACCAGCAAGAGAUAGAUUGGGAGACUCAGGAGAAGCACUUCGACUUCCUAGUCUCAAACGGCCUCCAUGGCAUCGUCAUCGCUGGAACGAACGGCGAAGCGGCGACGCUCACAUCUGACGAGAAGAUGCGGCUCGUCCAGAAAGCGAGGAAUACUGCCCAACGACUCGGGAGAGGAGACCUGCCCAUUACGCUUGGUGGCGUAGCAGGUUGCACGCAGGACGCUAUCCAACAAACUGUCGAAGCCAGAGAUGCAGGAGCAAAUGCAUACCUCGCUCUCGUACCAUCGUACUUCCACUUCGCCAUGGACCAAGCCGCCAUUAUAGCAUUCUUCCAGGAGCUGGCAGACGGCUCACCCAUCCCUAUCGUUAUCUACAACUUCCCAGGUGUGGUUGCUGGUUUGGAUGUCAAUUCUGAGAUGCUAGAAGUGCUCGGAAAGCACCCCAACAUCGUGGCGGUGAAGCUUACGUGUGGUGGCAUCGCCAAGGUCUCGAGGAUAUCUGCGGCUUUCAAGAAGAGCGAGUUCGUUGCACUAGCGGGACAGAGUGAUUGGUUGAUUCCAGCAUUGAGUGUCGGCGGUGUGGGGACGAUUACUGGUGUUGCGAAUUUGUAUCCGAAGACUUGCGUCGAGAUGUACAACCUCUACCAAGCCGGCAAGCUCGCCGAAGCGUCCGCCCUGCAAAUCAAGCUCUCCGUCACGGAAUGGGGAUUCGGCAAGGGCGGCAUCAACGGCACGAAGUGGGUCGUUGCAAAGAAGAGGGGGUAUCCAGAGACGAGUGCCGACUGCAGGAGGCCGUACCCGAGGUAUACGGAUACGGAGAAGAGGAAGUGGAUCGUGAACCAGGUUUCCGGGCUAGACGAGAUCGAAGCAUCGUUGUGAGAAAGAACGAGCUACGUAUGGAGAGGAUUCUCAUAUCGACAUAGCAUUUCUCCGGCGCAGGGCUUUAUAGACCGACACGUUGCAUUCCAAACCGCCAAUAUAGACCUUUCUUCCCAC